GAAUGAUCCAUGUUAUCGUAUAAUUGAGAUGAGACACUCUCUGGCUCAGAAAUGUGCAAGACCUAAACACAGCUUGAGGUUAGUUCAAGUGCUUUAAAUCUGUAUGAGUAAACCACUCACAGGAAAAGAGAGGCAGGAAGUCAUAAACAGAGAAGACUGUGAUUUUAAGAGCUUUAACAAGAUGAUGAAACAACAGAGAAAAACAGAGGUCAUUUUUGUCUGGGUCUUAGCCAUCUGGCUCUCUUCAGUUGUCAACAGUGAAAGUAAUGUGGAGCUGAGAACCAGUACUGAGGUAAAGGCUCAGUGUGAUCAGAAUGUGUCCCUGCAGUGUGACAUCAUGUCAUCGAGCCCACUCGAGAUCAUUCUCUUUUCCUGGGUAUGGAAAAUGAAACAGCUGUGUGUGGUCAAUGCCACUGGUGUAUUCUCCUUUCCUGGCGUCCGGUGUGACAUCACAAACAACACCCUCACACUCAAUCUGACUCGGGUGAUGCCGUCCAGUCAGGGUAACUACACCUGCAAACUGCGCUCCAACCUAAUGAUCACAGCUGCCAACACCACUGUGACAAUGCAAGAGUGCCUAAGGACAUCUGAGCACAAAGUGUUCCAGAAUGAGUCUCAGAUUGAGUGCCAGUUAUUUGGAGUUUACCCAGAAGGCACAGUACACUGGUUCCUGGGCUCUGAGAAUAUAACAGAGUCCGCCAGCACCAAGAGCCAGCUGGAUGAAGAGGGGCUGUUUGAUAUAAGGAGUACCCUGCCUACCCAGGCUGGGACUGAGCCUUACAACUGCUCCUUGUGGAUACCUAGUAGUGGAACCUACAGCUCUCACAAACAGCUGCACUACUCCAGAGUGAUCUCUUCAGGGACAAAGACUAGGAGCAGACUGCUGUUGGUCUUCAUCCUGGUUGGACUCAUAAUCACAACAUAAGACUACUCAUGGGAGGUCAGGAGGUUUUUUACUGAACAUGGGACUUCGAACAACAGUAGGGAAAAGGGCUUUCCUGGUCAGGGCACAUCUACACAGGAUGGAUCAGGGCCUUUCUCUUACUGAGUGAAGAGAAAGCAAACCUGGACUGCCAUGGCCAAAGUGGAUAUAUGUUUUCACUUUUUAUACUGGGAAGCAAAAUAUCAAAGUAAUUACAAUAUAUACAAUUUAAUUUUAAACUGAAAAUCAUUGUACUUUGGGAUUUGAGAAUACUGUAAGAAGUUUUCAUUGUUUGUCUUCAACGUUAUACACUUGUUUAAAUUGCAUUGCUUAUUACAGUAGUAGAAUACUGCUUCCUGGUGGUGAAAGUGUUUACUGAUGGAAAUAGUAUUGCUGUUAGAUGCGUAAUAAAGAUAUUCUAAAUUGUAUUGUUGAAUU